AAGUUAAUUUACAAUGAUACAGUAGGAGGCCGUACUCCAAUCUGCAGUUAGAGGCCAUAACACAAUACAAAUGUGAAAAAUUCAAUACAUCUACAUAUAAACAAUUAUUUUGUUUGAAGUUUAGCUAAUAAAAAAAUAUUUUAUAUAACUUUGUUAUAAUCUACCUGCCAAGGCAGUUAAUUCAAUGCGAAUCAAAUCAAAUUAAUUAUGUAUAGUGCAAAUUUUCAUACAUAUUUUCAACAAUUAAAAGCUGCAUUUCCACCUCUGGUCGCAAUUUUUGCCGUAUGUUUACCAUUAGGAUGGAGUUCACCAGCUUUACAGAAAUUACAAUUGGGCGAUAGUAACUUAGGUCGACCAUUAACACACGAUGAAGGUUCACUAUUUAUUUCCUUAAUCACAAUCAGUGAAAUCCCUGGUACGUUGGCUAUGAUGGUCUCAAUAGAUUAUUUUGGUCGUCGGCUGGCAUGCAUACUCCUAUUAAUACCAUCUUUCGUGGCUUGGAUGAUAUUUACAUUCUCCACCAACAUUAUUAUAUUUUACCUAGGACGUGUCCUAGCUGGAAUGAGUGUGGGAAUGGGAGUCACUUUAUUACCAAUAUAUUUGGGUGAAAUAGCAUCAAAAGAUUUUCGCGGUACUCUACUCACAUUACUCGCUACCAUUGGCAAUACAGUUGAUCCAAUUAUUGAGUUUAUAUUGACGCCAUUGGUAUCGUUAACAGCAAGUGCUGCCAUCUCUUCAGUACCAUCUAUUAUGGCACUAUUUUUAAUGUACUGGUCAUACGAAUCGCCAUACUAUCUUGUAAUGAAAAAUAAAAUUCCCGAAGCAAGAAAAUGUUUAGAAAAUAUUCGUUAUAAAACUGUCGAUAAUGAUAAAACAAUUACUGAUGAAUUAAAUGAAAUUGAACGUACAAUUAUCGCGCAGACGAAAAAUAAGGCAUCAUUACAUGAACUUUUUGUAGUAAAAUCAAACCGAACGGCAAUAAUUUAUAUGACGAUUAUACAUACCAUUAAGAGUUGUGUUGGACUUCCAAUUAUACGAUAUUUCAUACAUAUCGUUGUUGAACAGUUGAACUUAGAUUUAUCCGCAAAUACUGUUGCGUUAACUGUAAUGAUUUUAACAGUAUUAGGUUCUAUCAGUAGCACAAUAUUUGUACGAAAAUUAGGUAAAACUGUAUUGAUGAUCGCUUCAUUAAUAGGUUGUUUUUUGAGUACCUUAAUAAUUGCAAUUUAUUUCAAUUUUGCUAACAAAGAAGAGUUUUGGAUCCAAUGGAUUCCUGUAAUUUGUUUACUUGUCUAUGCAUACAUGCAUGGAUUAGGUAUUGUAACACUCCCAUACGCGUAUCUUGGAGAACUGUUUGCAGCUAAUAUAAAAACGUAUGCUGUUGUAUUUUCAAAAUGUUAUUUAGCUUUAUGUUACUUUGUAAUAACGUCUGUGUUUCAAUCGAUAUUUGAUUAUAAUAAUGCAUAUCCAUUUUAUUUUUUUGCGUUUUCGAGUUUUAUAGGAAUUUUAUUUUUUAAAUUCGUCAUGCCAGAAACAGAUCGUAAAUCAUUUUAUGAGAUACAAGUAUUAUUAGGUGCUAAAUAUGAUGAUGUUGAAGGAAACCUUUGAUAGAAUAUGGUUAAUUUGCUCUUAAAACUUGUCUUGUAAAAAGCUCUUAAGCUUUUCUCAAUAUUAUGCUACAUAGGGAUUUGAAAGUCUUGCCAUCUUACCUGAUUAAAAUUUUGCUAGUAAUAGAUAGAAAGUUGAGUUAAAGUAAGUUAAUGAGUUAUAAUAAUAAGAACUUGGCUUCAUUGUAGAAAAAUGAAACUAUUACUUUAGAAAACAUUCAAUAAUUAUUAAAUUUAUGAAAAAAUUAUCGUUACUACAUUAAAAAAUCGUCAAUAUUUAUUCAUUAUAACAUAAAAUCGUAAAAUGUAAACACGAUGAUUGCGUCUAGCCAAAGUGAUCGCUCAAUAGUGCCCAAUUAGUACCUCCCCCACAACAUUUAUCGAUAAUCUAUUUUUUCUAAGGUACAUGGAGGGUCAUACCAGAGCGCUCGACAGCGCCUACUUCAACUAAAUGCAAACGUUAUUCAUGAUAAUUAAUAGUUAUAAUAUAAAAUUAGUUUUUUCAAAACGCUGUUGAAGCUGAAUAUUAAUAGUUAAUAUAUGAUUUAAA